AUGAGUACAUAUGAUCUUUUGAUUAAAAACGGUACGGUAGUCACCGCCUCUGACAUCUACCCAGCUGAUAUUGCUAUCAGAAACGGUAAAGUCAUUCUAGUUGGCCAAGAUUUGGAUACGGCUCUAGCUGAAGAAGUAAUUGAUGCAGAAGGUGCAUAUGUGACCCCUGGUGGGAUCGAUGCCCAUGUCCAUGUAGAUGAACCAUUGAAGCUCUUGGGACCAGUUGCAGACACUAUGGAAGAAGCUACUAUGUCAGCUGUAGCUGGUGGUACAACCACAGUAAUUACUUUCGCCACUCAAGAUAAAACGAAGACUGGACCUGAAGCGCUUUCCGACUCCGUGAAAGCGGAUAUCGAGCUCUAUGAGACGCAGAAAUUGUACUGUGACUAUGCUCUGCAUUUAAUUCUAUUUCACAUUGAAAAACCAUCUAUCAGUGGAACCAAACUACUUGAUUCACAACUUGCAAGUAUGUAUGAAAACUAUGGUGUCACCUCGGUCAAAGUCUUUAUGACAUACCCUGGGCUACAAAUUAGUGAUUAUGAUAUUUUAACUACGAUGCAAGCCACCAGAAAGAAUGGUUUCACAACAAUGGUUCAUGCAGAGAACGGAGAUAUGGUUAAAUGGAUGAUUGAGCAACUUGAAGAGCAAAAUAUGACCUCCCCUUACUUUCAUGGUGUCUCUAGACCAACCAUAGUUGAAGGAGAAGCUACAAAUAGAGCCAUUGUGCUAGCCAAAAUGAUGGACACCCCAAUCCUGUUCGUUCAUGUAUCAUCGCCGGAGGCCAUUGAUACAAUUAGGUCAGCGCAAACAAAAGGUCUCAAAGUAUACGCCGAGACAUGUCCACAGUAUGCCCUUCUUUCUGAUAUUGAUACCAAAUGUCACCACGAAUUAGAGCAGCAGCAGAGUACUUGUUCGGAUGCAAAUAAAUCAGAACCAAGGGUAAAACUAACUGCAAAGGAAAUUGAUGAUAAAUUUAUAGGAGCAAAAGCAAUAUGUUCUCCUCCAAUCCGUCCGGAGCACUGUCAAGAGUCAGUCUGGAAAGCCAUGAACAAUGGAACAUUUACAAUUGUUGGAUCUGAUCAUUGUGCCUAUAAUUACUACGACAAAACGAGCGGUAAAUUGGACGCAUUUAAAGACAAUAAGAACGGAGAGUUCAAGUAUAUUCCCAAUGGUAUGCCGGGAGUUUGUACUAGAAUGCCUUUGCUAUUUGAUUAUGGCGUUCUUCAAGGGAAACUUGCUAACAUGACCAAGUUCGUGGAGCUUCAGUGUACUAAUCCCGCUAAACUAUAUGGACUGUAUCCGAAAAAAGGUUCCAUUCUUCCUGGCGUCAGUGAUGCUGAUUUAGUGGUUUGGUAUCCACCAAAUUACAAAGGUGGAAAGAAACCUAAAACUGUAACAAAUGACUUGUUAGUUCAUGGAUGUGAUUACACACCAUAUGAAGGGUUUGAAAUAAAUAACUGGCCAAGGUUCACCAUUGUUAAAGGCAGCAUAGUCUACAAAGAAGGCGAAAUAAUCAAAGAAAAUGCAAAGGGCACUUAUGUAAAAAGAGGAAAGAGUCAACUCUGUACAGCUAAUGAUGAAUGGGUAACGGAGUGGAGACCACAAUACCUAAAUGGUCAAAAGAGUGGCUAA